AAAAUUUAUAAGAUAUAGAACCUUGGAAGCGAGAACAACGGGGUAGGGACAGGAGACACGUGGUGCUUGUUCGUCGGUCAGAGAAAGAAUGACUUGCAAAGAGGGAAGCGAAGGGUCUGCGAAAAAAAGAAGCGGCACGGACUUUUGACUUUCACCCUGACACUGCGAGAAUCCGCAAGUUCUGAUUUUCCUUUGUUCUUUCUCCAACAGACUACCAAAAGUGUUUCUCCGUUCGCGCAGAAAAGCCUGGAGACAAACUUGGAAACAGGAAACAAUUUCCAGCUUUCUUCCUUGUCACUUGCUGUCUCAACUUACGCCCUCCUGCAUUCCGACCACCACGACUCUCCCCGCGGGCAGAGAGGCGCCGCAUGAAAAAAACCAUUUCUUCUGCGAGAGGAAGAAGGCUUUCACCGCAGAGAGUCACGAAGACACUUGUGGACAUCUAAAGCCUAUCUUUGCGCUGUUUCGAGGUGAAUCUGUUUGAGUGUGGCAGUACAAACGUUUUAACUUGACGCUGCUCUCACUCGUGUGUCUGUGCACACCUAGACAAGAUGCUUCUUCCGCGAACACGAGGAUGGGUGUCGGGAAAUAGUUGAUUCAAUUCUCAUAAGCCACACCGUGUAUGCAGCGCAAACGCGUUUCCGUCUACUACUGGGACGUCUGUAACAAAGGGCUCUCUCUUCAGAUUAACCGGCAACACACCUUGACCGAGCUUCAGCACUGCCGCUGGAUCGUGUCGCCUCGCGCAGGCGGUCCUUCCUUUGGUCACUUGCGAAGGAGGGCAAAGCCGCGUCAGGAACUUUUUCUCGAAUUAGCAUCCAACAGACGUUUUUCUCUUUUCUCUUUGCGUGAAUGCUUGGUUCCACAAUACACACCAGAGCGACUAGAAACGCGACGAAAACGCGUCGCCGGAAACGGCGAGACAAGCGAACGCCGCGUCGAGUGGACCGGGGCCGUGCCUGCAAUCCUGAAAUCCGCUGUUCUCGGGGAGCUGCACGCGGGAAAGAAUUUUCUCGCUUCACCAGUUGAGAGAGAUUCCCACUUGCUUCACAAAUGCCGGGAAAGAAGUGAAAAAUCCACCGUGGAGACGGAGUGA